AUGGGGUGGUGGGUUGAUGAGUGUGGUGGGGGGGGUGUUUAUGGGAUGGUGUGGGGGGGGGGUUGGGGGGGGGGGGGGGGUGGAGGGUGGGGGGUGCGGUAUGAGUAUGGGGGGGGGGAUUGGGGGGGAUAUGGUGUGAUGCACAAGUUCUUGUUCCAUUGGGUAUCUAUCCGUCUAAACUCAUACCCCAGUGAAGGACAAUCCCCCAUAGAUUGGUCGUGA